UGUCCCUCGGACACAGCGGAUCAUUGAUCACGGAAAGAGCCGAAGAUGUCAGCUCGGUCAUGUGAUCAGCUGCGUCCAAUCACAGCUGAUCACACUGAUCAUCAGGGCACUGAUGAUCAGUGUGCCCUGAUGAUCAGUGUAGCCCCAGCAGUGCCACCUGUCAGUGUCCAUCAGUGCCUUGUGUCAGUGCUCAUCCAUGCCACCUGCCAGUAACCAUCAGUGCCACAUCAAUGCCAGAUAUCAGUGCCUACCAGUGCACAUCAAUGCCACAUAUCAGUGCCCAUCUGAGCUGCCUUUCAGUGUCACCCAUCAGUGCCAGUCAGUGCCACCUAUCAAUGCCAAUCAGUGCCACCUAUCAG